CGCCCGGCCCGCCCGCAGCAUGGCGGCGGUUUGGGCGCUGCGGGUGGCGGUGCGGCAGAGGCCGGGACUCGGCCCCGCGGGGGUCAGGGCGCUGUGGGGCGGCCGCAGCAGGAAGGAGGAAAGAGCCGUGGAAGCAGCCGGAGCGGUUCCUGAGCAGGAGGAGAGGAGCGAGCCCAGCGUGAUGCAGCCCCCGCCCCGCCGCCGGAGCUACGUCCCGCCCGAGGACCUGCAGAGCUGCCUGGAGUCCCACGUCCGGGAGGUGUUCGGGCCCUCUGUUCCCCAGGACUGGCAGCAGGCUCCGCUGCAGGAGAAGCGGCUGAAGCACCGCCUGCUGGCCCGGCUAGCGGCGGAGCUGGGACACGCCGUCCCCAACUCGCAGCUGCACCGCAUGCGCCGCGCCGGGGACGUGCUGGGCUUCUACCGCAGCCCCGUGAGCGGCGGCAGCAAGAUGGAUGAACUCGCGGCCGCAGAGCUGCCCCCGAACCUGAAAAUCGUCUGGCAGCAGUGAGUCCCCCCACGCAGCAUCCCUGUGCCUGGCCGGGGUGAGAGCUGUGAAUUGCAGUUCACUGAAAUCACUCAGUAAUGGUGAACUCUCCAGCAGCACUAUAAAAUAAGCUGCUGUCGAGGCAUCUUGCUGAAUUCUCCAAUGUCUGUUAAGGGCCUUGUUUUUUAAGUUUUUUGGGUUUUAGAUUUUCUUCCCAUCUAAGAGGUGAUGCAGAUCUGCUUUUAAUCAUAUAUGGUAAGCAAAGAAGUCAGGAUGACAAAAAAAUAAACAGUUCAAGAAAUGCAUAGUAUUUUAUGAGUGUUUUCUAUAAAACAAGUUGUUUACAAUGA